GAAGCGUUUGUAUCGAGAUUUAAGCUGUAUGAAAACAAGCUUUCGGAUUUAAAUUGCCUGUGUGUCCCCUGGCGAAGCGUUUGUAUUAUAAAUUAAGUUGUACGAAAAUAAAUCAAUUUCAAAUGCCAAAAACAAGAGUAACUAAUCGCCACCUUAUUUAUGGGGUAGAUGAAUGUAACAUGACUGAAGGGGAAACGAAAGAAAUAGUGUUGACUACUGUUUUUGCCCCUCAUAUUCAAAAACAUGCUCAAGUGCUUUUAACAGAGCCUAACAUUGGAUUAUGUCGUAGACAAGUCGAAAUAUUUAAUCCCAAGCCAUCUUUUCCAUCUUAUGAUGAAGAAGAAUCUAAUUGUGAUAAAUUCCAACUAGUGAUUCCUUAUGCUGGUGUGAAACUUGAAUGUAUGGUAAUAUUUCAGUCUUCAGCGCCUGACUGUCCACCUGAUUUUGUAUUCUCAGAUGAGAGAUUUUUUGCACCUCUUAAUCAGGUGGAAUCUUUGUGUUCGUGGGAUGUGCGUAAACCAGAUGCACUGUUAAAAGUCUUGAAAGAGAUAAUGCAAUUUUAUAAAAAGAAGCAAAUUCAAAUCUUAGACAGUUAUGAGCAAUUAAGUUUUGAAUAUUUGUGUUUAUUUCAGCUUCAGAAUUUUAAUGAAGAUGAUAUUGAGAUCUUAGUUCCAGAUGAAGAAGGAAGUCCAGUUAUAUUUCUCAUUAAGUUGCAUGUUGAUUAUUGCCAAUUAUUUCCUGAUUACUAUCGAGAUGAAUCUGAUACUAGAGACUACCCUCUAUUAUUGGUGUUUUUUCCAAAUCGUGAUAGCAAUAGAAGCUAUCUAAGAGUGUAUUUGUCAAAAAAAACCCAAUCUAUCGUGACCAUUGAUGAAAAUUUCCAGUUGCCAGAUGAUGUUACUGAUAAUUAUCUUACUAGAUAUAUUAUUGCUCUUGAGAACGAGCUUAAAACAAAAAUCCAAUUAGCAGCUUCUCGUUAUGAAAGAAGAAGAAUGUACUUUGUAAAAUUUCUUACUCACUUUGAUAAAUGUAUUAUUAAAUAUGAUAGUACAUUGUAUACUACCAUGACAUUAUUAUUAGAAGAAGGUGAUUUUUAUUUUAUCCUUGAAAUCACUUUGCCUGAUGAUUUUCCUAUAGGAACACCAGCACUUCUGUUCCGUUCAGUUUAUCACUAUUACAAAAAGGAUCCUUUUACAGCAUCUGUUGAUAAUUAUCCUUACUGUCCCACCUGGCCAUUGCAGAAAGUCUUAGAAGAAACCAUUAAGUUUAUUACUGAAUAUGUUCCUCUUUUUCGACAAGACAGUGCAGCUUUUGCUUGAAAGCUGAAGAUUACCUCUUAUGGAAUGCUGGGCAUUCGACAUAGUGCACAAAAUUGGCAUUUUUUUUUUUAAUCCCAACAAUUUUAUUUGUUACUGUAUUGUUUAAUCAUCCUACAUAUUUUGUUCCAUGUCUCAAGUCAUUAUUCCUUUUAAUUUUUUACUUCAAAAGAACAAGUUCAAUCUUAUUUUAUCUCAAUAUAUUAUUCACUUAU